CUCGAUUGACUGUGACCGAGAUCAUCCCUCUGUCGAGUCGGUAUCGAAACGCAACGUAGGGUCCGUAUCGUAUCGUAACGAAUCCUAUCAUUAUCUAUUGAUUUAACACACCGCCACUCUCCCAGCACCCGUCUUCCUACACCCGUCGACUCUUACCAUGACGACGCCACUUUCGUCACGACUGCUGGCCGCUUUGCGUGCAUCCCGACCCGCAUCGCGCCGAUCGGCGCUACGGAGCACACAAAUCGGGGCGUGUAUGUUGCCAAGAAACAGCCCACACCGUGGGUUUCGUACAUCCACUCAAGCGAUGGCAGAAGGUAUUAGCCAAAGUACCGAACGUCCCGCUGCCACUUCCACUGCCGACGUCAAAGACAAGCCUCCCGCUCCCGACGUUCGAGUCCAAGCAUCGGAACCCGAGAAACAGCCGGAAAUGCUAGAGUUUCAGGCCGAGACUCGCCAGCUUCUGGAUAUCGUGACUAAUUCGCUGUACACGGACAAGGAGGUCUUUCUGCGCGAACUGGUGUCUAACGCCAGUGAUUCUUUGGAAAAGCUGCGGCACCUGCAGGCCACCAACGCGAUGAUCGUAGACCCGGACUUGGCCUUGGAGAUCCGCAUCGAACUCGACGAAGUCACCAGUACAAUUUCCAUUACGGAUACGGGUAUUGGUAUGACUCGGGACGAUAUGAUUCAGAAUCUGGGAACGAUUGCCCGCUCCGGAUCCAAGCAGUUUGUCAAGGAGCUAGAACGUCAGGCAUCGGGCUCCAUCCCCGACCCGGCACGCGGAAUCAUUGGAAAGUUUGGUGUCGGCUUUUACAGUUCCUUCAUGGUUGGCGAAAAAGUAGAAGUGCGUUCACGCUCCGCACAGCACGACGACGAACCAAGCCGUGUUUGGACUUCUGAAGGACAAGGCGCCUACUCCAUUACCGACCUGCCGGAAGAUGUACGGCAGCAACGAGGUUCCUCGGUCGUGAUACAUUUGAAAGAAAAGCACUGGGAUUUCGUGGACGAGUCACGCAUUGAGGGAAUUCUCAAGCGCUAUUCCAACUUUGUCAACUUUCCCAUUUACUUGAACGGCAAUCGUGUCAAUACACUCGAGGCGAUUUGGACCAAAGAACCCAAGGAAGUGGAAGAGGAAGCGUAUUCGGCCUUCUACAAGUAUAUUGCUAACGCCAUUGAUGAGCCUCUUGAUGUUUAUCACUUUCGGGCGGAUGCGCCCUUGGAUGUGAAAGCGCUCUUCUUUAUUCCCUCGUUUCAUUCCGAAAAGUUCGGUAUGGAACGAAUGGAGCCCGGUGUUUCGCUCUACAGUCGCAAGGUACUGAUUGAAUCCAAAUCGAAGGAUAUACUUCCCGAGUGGCUACGCUUUAUCAAGGGUAUUGUCGACUCGGAAGACCUGCCUUUGGCUAUUUCGCGUGAAAAGCCCCAAGAUUCUGCGCUGAUUGCCAAGCUACGCAAAACCUUGACGCGCAAAUUCAUUGCCCAUUUGACCAAAAUGGCAAAGAAAGAUCGCCCCAAGUUUCUCGACGAAUUCUACCGAGAAUACUCUUUCUUUCUGAAAGAGGGGAUUUGUCAAGAAUACGAAUUCCAAGAACACCUCGCUAAACUGCUGUUUUUCGAAACGUCUCGUAGUACCGACGCUGAUAUGGUGUCGUUCGACGAAUACGUUGGACGAAUGCGUCCCGAACAAAAAGAGAUCUACUAUUUAAUGGCCCCCUCGCGUGAAGCUGCAAUAAACAGUCCCUACCUAGAAACUUUCGAAAAGGCCGGAGUCGAGGUUCUCUUUUUGUUUUCCACGAUUGACGAUUUUGUCAUGGCCAAUUUGGAACUUUACGAAGGUCGCAAGCUCGUUUCCGUCGAAAAAAGUGAUAUCGAUUUGAAAGAUUUGAUGGAUGCCGACGCUGACAAGGCGGACGAGGGAGAAGAAAUCUUCACGGCGGAUAAAGAAUUGUCGGCGACAGAGCAAGUCGAGUUCUGCAAUUGGUUCAAAACCGAGCUUGGGAGCAAAAAAAUUUCUUCCUGUACGGUGACAGCGCGUUUGUCGUCAUCUCCAGCCAUUGUCACGGACAGCGAGUCCGGCGCCAUGCGGAGGAUGAUGCGACUGGUGGAUACCAGCGAAGGCAGUCGUGAUUCUGUGCCACUUCCCAAGCAACACGUGGAAAUCAAUCCAAAACACCCGGUGAUUGUUGGUAUUCACGACCUUAUUACCAAGGAACCAACACUGGCACGUGUACUAGCCGAACAAGUUUACGACAAUUGCCUCGUCGCGGCGGGCCUCUUGGAUGAUAGUCGGUCGAUGCUUCCGCGUUUGAACGAUAUCUUGGUGUGCGUUGUCAACGGAGCGAAAGCGAAGCAUGGAUCGGGUUCAAAAGAAAUAGUAGAGCCAGAAGUGGUGGCGAAGACUGACAAUGAGUAAAUUCAAGAAGUGUUUGGCGAGCCUGUUACUUGCUAAAAAUUUCCGUCGCGGAAUGAAUUGAAAAGCUGGGGCAGCCAGGCCAGCGAACGGCAGAAGCAUCCCGACAGCAAACCAGACCUGGUGCCACCACCGAGUUACAAAAUAUUUAGAUAUAAAUUACAGCAGG